CUCCGCGGCUGCCCGCAGAUGGAGUACGACUGGCUGGGCUUCGGCUACGCGGCGCUGGUGGCGGCGGGCGGUGUCGUGGGCUACGUCAAGGCAGGCAGCGUCCCGUCUCUAGCUGCCGGUCUGCUGUUCGGCGGCUUAGCGGGACUAGGCGCGUACCAGCAGUCCAAAGAUCCAAAGAAUGUGUGGCUUUCCCUCGUGGCAUCUGGCACCUUGUCUACUGUUAUGGGAAUGAGAUUUUACAACUCCAAAAAGGCAAUGCCCGGGAUAAUUGCUGGUGCCAGUUUACUGAUGGUUGGACGGCUUGGAUUGCAGAUGAUGGAAAAACCUAUUAAGCCAUAAAUCUGCAUCAAGUGACUUGAAGACAUGACUGAGAAACCCAAAAUGCAACUGCCUAAAUGUGCUGCACAUAAGUGGAAAAGGCACUGCUACCUGUGCAUUGUAUUUUUCACAUCCUAAUGCACGUGGGUUGUGUUUUUAGAGGACCGACACGGAGAACCCUUGUCAUGGUAUUUGUCUUAACAUUUUCUUCACUGAAAGCAAGCAAGAAAAUAUGAGUGUAGCAUUAGUUUAGCUUCUGGUCUUGCAACUUAGUGUCAGCAAAGACCUCCUGGCCCUUGCAUUCAGACAGUUGCAGGAUUGAGGCUUAAAUGCACAUCUGACUUGUCCUUCUAAAAUCAUGUGUACCUCUAAAAGCAGGGGAGAGGAGUUUCUGAUUUGUCCCUAGUAAUUAAUACAAUAAACGUAUUUAUGAUGUUCCAUCUCUCCCUUUUCAUGUCAGUUUAUCCAUUCACAGUGUUUGUCAGUCAGGGAGUUUGUUCUCCCAGCACUGUGUGUUAGAACUUGGUCCCACAAAACACAAUCACUUAAUGCAAUAAAUGCAUACCCAUGCCUUUAAAUCACUUGUAAGUUCAGCUGUAUGUCAUUCAUUUCACUUUUACAGAUUACUACUCAUAAAUCAAAAAUAUGCUUUAUUAGGUAAUGCUGAAUUGUAGGCACAGCUUUAUUAAAAACUUAUUUUAAAUAAACUAAGAAAUUAUUAUUGCAAA